UUUUGAUUUCAGGUGUGCCAUGUUCAAAAGAAUUAUUCUUUAAAGUUUAAAGGUGAAUAAGAAAAAAAAUGUCCCUGAGAUUUUCCACUCGUGGAAUUUCUGAACAGUUUCCGAAGUGGAUAUUUCACAGUUGUAAUUGAUUUCUUUUUCAUAUAUGUGUCGUACUAUUUUCUUGUAAUAAUUGUUAAUAAAUCCUAAUUUCACUCGACACACCCCCUAAUUUAAUGACCCUAAUGGUCAACAAUCAACAUCCCAGCGGCCCAAGACUCAGAGUCAAAAGAGUGUUUGUUUUUAAAGUAGCAGUGGGCAGUGGCAAAGUAGAAAUACAGUAAACACGGUUUUGAGUUUCAAAUUGAACGUUCCUGGGAAACCGUCAAAAAAAAAAGAAAAAAGGCAUUUCUUGGCAAUCCCAAAUCGCCCAUUAUAGUGGUACUGAAUACUGAUAGUAGUAGUGGAUGAAGAGUUUGAGCCCUUGAAAGUUGAAAGCAGCAUCGAGGGUUUAUUUGCACUGUUUCUUGAUCGCCUAAUUCCCCCAUCACCAUGGCUAGAUCCUCCUGGUUAGUUGACAGCAAUAGAAUUGCAACCAAAAUAAGGAGUGCAUCUGGUGCAACUGAUCCACAACUAGUUAACUGGACAAGCGAUCCUACAAGAACUUGCCCAAACUGUCAGCACACCAUCGAUAAUAGUGAUGUUACACAGGAGUGGCCUGGAUUACCUCGAGGAGUGAAGUUUGAUCCAUCUGAUCAAGAGAUAAUCUGGCAUUUACUUGGGAAAGUUGGUGUCGAUAACCUGAAACCCCAUCCAUUUCUCGAUGAGUUUAUCCCAACUGUGAAUGAAGAUGAUGGGAUCUGUUAUACUCACCCUCAGAAUCUGCCUGGUGUUAAACAAGACGGAAGUGUGUCACACUUUUUCCAUAGGGCAAUUAAGGCUUAUAACACUGGAACUAGGAAACGUCGAAAGAUUCAUGGUGCAACCACUGGAGAUGUACGUUGGCACAAGACUGGUCGGACAAAGCCUGUUCAUUUGGAUGGUGUGCAAAAAGGAUGUAAGAAGAUUAUGGUGCUUUAUCUUAGUCCAGCAAAGGGUGGCAAACCGGAGAAGACUAAUUGGGUGAUGCAUCAAUAUCACCUGGGUACUGAGGAAGAUGAGAGGGAGGGACAGUAUGUUAUCUCCAAGGUGUUUUAUCAGCAGCAGCAAUUGAAGCAGAGUGAGAAAAAUGAAGUUGAAGUUUCAGAAGAAGAUAUCAUGACUGUGAGAGGAGACCCUGUCACUCCAAAGUCUGUGACCCCUGCGCCACCCCGUGCUGAAAGGCGCCACUCUGACAUGAAUUAUGGUCAAGAACCAAUCAUCUCCAUUGUUCAGGUAACUUGGAUAAGUAUUCUUCAUCUAGUUACUUCACAUUGCAUCGUUAGGAUGUUGCGUUUGGGUGUUGACACUUUUGUUCUGUUUGCGUCUCUACUCCAAGGAUAGCUUUGUAAUCUGUGGAAUUACAUGCGUUGGUUCCACAGUAGAAGUAUUUUAUCUCCAGCUGAUGGAGUUAAUUCCUAAUGUUAAUAAAGGUUUCUUUUCACCAUUAGGGAGGGGGAAGCCAAGUUACCUUAGUGUUGGAAAUUUCUCACCAUUCAUAUUUUGUUAAUAGCUUAAAACAGAUUGCGGUCGGUCUUUCUUUUAGUGCAUCUACUUAUGCAUUGUAUUUGUUUACUGCAGCACGAUGAUGUUGUCGCCAUGGACCAUCAUUAUGAUGAGGUUCUUGCCAUGGACCAUCAGCAUAAUGUUGUUUCCAUGGAACAUCAGCAUAAUGCUGUUGCCAUGGACCAUCGGCAUGAUGAUGUGGUUGGCAUGGAAGAUCAGUUAUCUCCUGUACAAAGGAUGCCAGAUUGCGAAGAAGGUUUAGCUGAGAAAGAGGAAGAUAAACUCGAUGAGGAUGCUGGUGAGAAGUUGUGGGACGACAACGAAUCACAAUAUUUGCUGGAUUCCCAGCAACUUGUAGAAGGCCUUUCUUUGUUUGAUGAUCUUCUACAGAGUCAAUCCCCUCCUAGGGAUGGAAAUAAAAAUGAUAAAGAACAGAAAACCAAGCCUCGCAUUUCCGAUUAUGCACGGUUGGGAACCGAAUGCUUUAAGAAAGAUUUAGAGGACUGCCAAAAUCUGGUCCUGGAUCCUGCUAACUUAGAGCUAGAUACGCCUCCUGAUUUCCGUUUAAGCCAGCUUGUAAGUUUUUAUAUUCUCUCUUCUUCAAUUUAUAUUCCAUAAGCUUCAACACCUUCAGCCCUGGCUCAAGGUUUAAAGUUGUUUGCAGGAAUUCGGAUCACAGGAUAGUUUUUUGUCUUGGGGUGGAGCCAAAGCUGAUGACAUUGGAGGCCAAGAUAGCUGACACAUGAGUCCAUUAUCUUCUAACUUUUGGCUGGUACUUUUGAACCUAACGUUUUGAAGCUCCACUUGCUUAAUGUGGAAAUGCCAGCUUGUAUCAUGUGUAAUCUAAUGCUUUCAUGUAAUCUAUUCUGCUGUUUAGAUGUUUUUGUUGAGAUAUGAAUGCUUCAAAUUGACUUAAAACAGUGGAAAAUGUCUCUAACAACUUACUCUUGUUUUCAAGUAUCUAACAAUGAUUUUGUGUUUUGGGCUGUUGGGAUAUUCUAUGGGCUGAACUGUUAUAGAAUUGCUGUGCUUUCCAGUACCGAGUCAUUAAUGAUUGCUAUCUAGCUAGCCCAGUUGAACCAUGGCUUUCUCCGUCUUGAAAUAAUCGUUCAAUUUGAAUUUUUACGCUUAUAUUGUACUCUAAAGGAAAAUUUAAAUUAGAGUAAUAAUUUUAGGACAUAGUAUCAAAGUUAGUUCUUUUUAUGACUUCUAUUUAUAAAUACAAUGUAAUUUGUGCUUUAUAAGAAAGCGCAAUGUUUGAUUUUGUUUUAAAUAAAUUAAAAGAGUCAUUACGACUAAAAUAUCGAGUUGUUAAAGUUAAAAGACCAAAAUCUCAAUUUCCACAUGUCAAAAAUGAUGAAGAAAAGACUGGAACCCCUCUUGUUUUUCUUUCUUUUUGCCUUUGAAAGUAAGUGAUUUUUUUCCAUUUUGUCAUUUUUUUUUCUCUUUUCUUUUCUUCUUUUUUUAGGAAAAAGGGCCAAGAAAAUUGAGAACUUGGGAAGUUUCCUCCUCAGAACUUAAUGAGCCCACUGAUGGGCCUCUAUCAAUUUUGUCUUUAGGAAGCUAAUUAGCUGGGCUUGGUUGGCUUGGCGACAAUGUCCCAAAAUGCAUUCAACAAAAGGUAGAAAAGGGCAAACAAAUGAAAGUGCUUUCGAGGGACCCUUUCAAGUUUGAACUCAAAAACUCUUUUCCUGUCCUUCUUUAAGUGGAGUACAUCAAAUUACUCCCUCCGAAAGAAAAAACAUUGGUGGCAUAGUAGUCAAGUUUACAAUGAUCUCAUUGGUUUAAAACUUUAAAUCAACUUCAAUUCAUGUGUUAAAAGGCCAUGACAGAUUAGCUAGACGUCCAAUCAAGUCCCUAACUUGAGGUUCAAUGAAUCCAAUACCCUCAGGUUGGCCUAUAAAAUAUCUACUAAGACAAAUGGGCCUAAGCAGCUAAGCCUAAUAUGUUAGGUUUUCGGCUUUCAUUGAUGAGGUGAAUUCAAUUUGAUGAUCUCUACUCAUUUUGUCGCUCCCGCGUUACAUCAGUAAAAUUUGAUUCAGUAAGCUAUGUUAGAUUAAACCGGAGAACACGUUCUAUACAUUUGGUCUAAAGAAAUGUGUAACUUUAAGUAGAACAACCAAGUAUUCUACCUUGUAGGGUUCCGGUUGCACUUUGGUCUCUAAAUUCAUCAUAU